AUGAUGAAGUCCUCUGUCCAUCCAGAAGAAGAUGACUUUGUGCCAGAGCUGCAGAGGAGCAUCCACCCCCGGGAGAGGCCGGACUGGGAAGAGACGCUCAGCGCGAUGGCCAGAGGAGCUGACAUCCCCGAGAUCCCGGGGGAGCUGCCGCUGCGCUCCUGCGGCAGCACCGCCAGCAUGAAGGUGAAGAACGUCAAAAAAUACAUCCCCCCGGGACUGAUGGGCUGUGAUGCCUUUCACAGGUUAUCCUUCACCAAGGGGCACUUCCCGAAGAUGGCUGAGUGUGCACAUUUCCACUACGAAAACGUGGAUUUUGGCAACAUACAGGAUGUUCUCGUGGCAAGUUCCCCCAAACAGGAGGAGUCUGACCCUGGUUUUUGUGGUGUCAUUGCUGCUCCUGCAGCUUCCCUGCUGAUCCUCCUGCUCAGUGAUCCUCUGGCACAGCCAGACCAGCAGCUGUAA